AUGCAGAUUCGUAAUCUAUGGAAACUCGUAGGUGGUGUAGCAUUCGCUUCUGUAGCGGUCAGUGGAUUAAUAGUAAGUCAGAAACUAUUAAGAAACGAUGAAGUUUUUUAUCGAACCUUUGCUUUACCUUUGCUGCAUCGACUUGACCCAGAAACUGCUCAUAGAUUGGCUAUCAAAUGUGCAUCAUUAGGUUUAGUGCCACGCCAAUCCACAGAAGAUCCGGCAGAACUAGUGACUACAGUUUUUAAACAAAAAUUUUCUAACCCUAUCGGGUUAGCAGCAGGUUUUGAUAAACAUGCUGAAGCAAUCAACGACCUACUGCAGAUGGGAUUUGGGUUUAUAGAAAUAGGAAGUGUAACUCCUUUACCUCAGGCUGGCAAUCCUAAGCCACGUAUUUUUAGAUUAAUAGAAGAUCGAGCCAUCAUCAAUAGAUAUGGUUUCAAUAGCGAUGGACAUGAAAUCGUCGCGCAAAAACUUGAAAAGUGGCAUAAAAAUAGAGGUCGUGAGAAUUCUUCAGGAAUUGUUGGUAUAAAUUUGGGUAAAAAUAAACUCUCAGAUAGUGCCGUCGAAGAUUAUGUCAAGGGUAUUCAAGCUAUUGGAAAAUAUGCAGAUUAUCUAGUUAUUAAUGUAUCUUCUCCAAAUACACCUGGGCUGAGAGCAUUGCAAAAAAAGGAAGAACUGCAAACAAUUAUUACGCAGAUAUCUAUUGAAAGAGAAAAGCUAAAGAACAAACCAGCUUUAUUAAUUAAGCUCGCGCCAGACCUUACCGUACAGGAUAAGAAAGACAUUGCUGAUGUCAUUUUGAAAGAAAGGAGAAAUGUAGAUGGCUUAGUUAUUAGUAAUACUACUGUACGCAGACCUAAUUGCCUUACCAGCGUUUCCAAGAGUGAAGCUGGUGGCCUAAGUGGCCCUCCACUUCGAGAGAUGGCUACUAAAACUAUAUAUGAUAUGUAUCGUUUAACAGAGGGCAAAAUACCCAUAAUUGGUGUUGGCGGAGUACAAUCUGGUGAAGACGCUUACGAGAAAAUUCGUGCCGGAGCAUCGUUAAUACAAGUAUUAACAGCUCUAACAUAUAAUGGACCAUCUAUUAUACAGAAAAUUAAGGCUGAUCUCGUUACACUGUUAAGGCAAGACGGAUUUAAAUCCGUAGAAGAAGCAGUUGGCAUCGACCAUAGAAGACAAUAG